UUUGUACAUAAAAGUUUUAUAAAUCGUAAAUAUAAAUUUUUUCACAGUUUAUUUAAUUAUUUCCCAGUGAACACAAUUACAUCAAAAUGAUGUCAAAAUGAUUUUGCGCUAUGUCAGGAUUUACGUAAGAUAUAAGUCAGAUAUGAGUCACAUGUGACUCAUUAUUUCACACUUAUUGACGUAAGACUUUUACGAAAUAAAUAUGACGUUAAGCUGACUUGACGAAACAAAAGAAAAAAAAGUAAUGAUUGUUAUACAUAUGUCUAGUUGUCGAAUUUCUUACUCGUAUAUGACGUAUAAUUUUUUUUUUCCCCCCCGGGAUUUGAACUCGGGAACAUACGAUAACUGGAUGGACAUUACUAAUGGAUGGUGAUUUGCCUCACUUUUUUUUUUAUUUUUUUUAUUUUUUUAAAAAAAAGUUUAUUUGCUUUAUUAAAAAUACAUUCUUAUUUACAGGUGUAACACUUAUAACUAGGCAGCAAACAAUACUUAAAAACCGGCCUUUAAUAUCACAUGUUUUCAGUUCUUAAUGUUUGUCUCCACGUUUGGAGCUACUUACAUUGAUGCUAUCUCUAUCUGUACUAAUAUUGCAGAAUUUUAUCAAGUGAGUUUAGUUUACCAAUAAUUGGAUCGUUGGGAUCAACCACCUGAUCGCCAAUCUUAACCCAUUCUUUGCUUCUUAGCAGUCUGUUAAUCUUAGGGAAGAAGGUAGACGCAUCUCGAUGGUUUAUCUGUUUUAGCUGCCCUUCGUAAUAGCUGGCCGUCGCCCUAUCAAAUUCUUUUCUUAAUUGCUCUUUAAUGCAUUUUAUGAUUACUUUGGUUAUUAUUAUUUCGCUUCUCCAUCUGUUUGGGUUGUUCCUUUGCAUUUUGUGAAGUGUUUGGAUGUACCUUGUUUUGUUCUUCUGCAGUUUUUUUAUUUUGGUAUUGAGGUAUUUGUGUAUAUUGUUAUGAGGCUUGAAUUUUGGUACUGUUUGUUCAAUGGUUGUCAGUAUUGCGUCGUUUAAGUCAGUAAUGCUAUUAUCUAUUUCGUCUAUGUCUAGGUUUCUGUUGUCUGGGAUUUUGCUGCGAACGCGUAUCUACAGUGCAUAGCAUGUCAGAGAGAUUCAUCGACAUACAAGAACUGAACCUAACCACAUUGAAGUACCCAGCAACAGAUUCAACCAUCUACAUAUUGACAUAAUAUUCCUGCCAAACGUUCGAGGAUACCAAUACUGCCUCACAAUGAUUGACAGAUUUUCAAGAUGGCCAGCUGCGGUACCGAUAAAAGACAUGUCAGCGGACACAGUCGCAACAGCAUUAUUCAACGAGUGGAUAUCCCACUACGGAACUCCAAUCACCAUAACGUCGGAUCAAGGCACACAAUUCGAAUCAGCUCUUUUCCAAUCUCUCGUCUAUCUCGUAGGUGCCAAGAAAACAAGAACGACUCCUUUUCAUCCUCAAUCAAACGGCAUCGUCGAGCGCAUGCAUAGAACCUUAAAAGCCGCUUUAAUGUGCUCUCCAAAACCUUGGCUCGACAUCUUACCCGUGGUACUACUCGGACUUCGAACUUCAUUCAAGGAGGAUAUCCAAGCCACUCCGGCAGAAAUGUUAUACAGAACAUGCUUAAGAGUACCCGGAGAAUUUUUCAUUUCGACCGAUCAACCUCUCGACUCACAGAUCUUCGUGGAAAAGCAUCGAGAAUACAUGCGGGCAUACGACCAACGCCUACCGCACACCACUCCAAAGCAAAAGUAUUCAUACUCAAGGAUCUAAACACCUGCACGCAUGUGUGGUUACGCUGUGACCACGUAAAGGCACCGUUAGAAGUGCCUUAUCAAGGUCCAUACAAGGUGAUCGACAGAAUCUCCGAUAAACUCUACAAAAUACUAGUAGAAGGUGAAGAAAAAAACGUCUCAAUCGAAAGACUGAAGCCUUGCUACAUUAACAAGACUGAUCUCGACAACGUCGAAGACCAACAAUUAGUACCUGAGAAGAUGAAACCACAUCAUUGGGGAUCUUUAAUGGAUAUACCAAAGAAAACGUACAAACGCACCAUGACUUUUAAGCUUCCCGCGCAAAGUCACUUGGGGGGGAGUAGUUGUAGCGGACGCGUAUCUACAGUUACGCCUCUACAGACCGCUUAUACAACUAUACCUCAAAUGAUAAAACAGACCAACAACACAUAAAACAAAGAGAACAAUAAAGAAUGGCAUUAUACACGCUACACGACACACAACGCAUUGCAUCCACCACGUGUUCCUAAAACCUAUUUCAACUAGUUGUUAUACCUAUUUUGAUACCGUUUUAUUAAUAAAGUUUUCUAUACACGUUAA